CUUUAACAGCUCUCCUCCCCGUCUCUCCCACUGUGGUGUUGCUCUCUUCCCCAUUUCGUUGCUUUGUUUUCAUUGUCGCUUCUGAUCAUGGCUGCUCAUUCUACCGAAGAACCGUUCCCCUUUCACGGGCUGCUCCCCAAGAAAGAAACUGGAGCCGCGUCUUUUCUCACCAGGUUCCCCGAUCACGAUGGCCGAGGAGUGCUCAUCGCUAUCCUUGACACCGGCGUGGAUCCCGGGGCUCCCGGCAUGCAGGUCACAACUGAGGGAAAGCCAAAGAUUGUCGACAUCAUCGAUACAACAGGAAGCGGUGACGUAAACAUGAGCACAGUGGCAGAACCUAAAGAUGGGACAAUCACUGGCCUCUCUGGUAGAACACUUAAGAUCCCUCCUGCCUGGGUCAAUCCUUCAGGGAAGUAUCGCAUUGGAGUUAAAAAUGGCUAUGAGUUCUUCCCUAAGGCUCUCAAAGAAAGAAUACAGAAAGAGCGAAAGGAGAAGCUGUGGGACCCACCACACAGAGCAGCACUAGCUGAGGUCUCUCGCAAAACAGAAGAGUUUGACCUCUCUCACCCGUCGCCCUCACAGAUGGAGAAGCUGCAAAAAGAAGAGCUACAGAGUCAGUCAGAGCUGCUGGCAUCACUAGAAAAGAAGUACAGUGAUCCUGGUCCUGUAUAUGACUGUGUGCUUUGGCACGACGGCGUCACAUGGAGGGCCGUAGUCGACACUUUAGAGAGUGGAGAGCUGUCCCAGUGCACUGUGCUGAGCUCCUACAGAGAAUCACAAGAGUAUGCCACGUUAGGAAAUGCUGAGAUGCUUAACUACUCUGUUAGUAUUUAUGAUGAGGGAAACACACUCUGCAUCGUCACCAGUGGAGGGGCUCACGGGACACACGUGGCAAGCAUUGCAGCAGGUUACUUCCCAGAGGAACCCGAGCGCAAUGGUGUAGCUCCCGGGGCCCAAAUCCUUGCUCUGAAGAUUGGAGACACCCGCCUCAGCACCAUGGAAACAGGCACAGGACUCAUCCGAGCGAUGAUUGAAGUCAUCAACUACAAGUGUGACCUGGUUAACUAUAGCUAUGGGGAAGCCACCCACUGGCCCAAUUCGGGGAGGAUUUGUGAGGUGAUCACAGAGGCUGUGCAGAAGCACAAUGUCAUAUUUGUUUCAAGUGCGGGAAACAACGGCCCGUGCCUCUCCACGGUCGGCUGCCCGGGGGGAACCACCAGCAGUGUCAUAGGAGUUGGAGCAUAUGUGACUCCAGACAUGAUGGUAGCAGAGUAUUCCCUGAGGGAGAAGCUGCCUCCCAACCAGUACACCUGGUCAUCCAGGGGCCCCAGUACAGACGGGGCCCUAGGGGUUAGCAUCAGUGCGCCUGGCGGGGCUAUUGCAUCUGUACCCAACUGGACUCUUCGUGGCACCCAGCUGAUGAACGGCACAUCCAUGUCAUCCCCUAAUGCCUGUGGCGGCAUCGCACUAAUCCUCUCAGGAUUAAAACAGAACGGGAUCCGUCCCUCUGUUCCUGCGGUGAGGAGAGCGCUGGAGCACACUGCUCUGAAGGUUGAUGACAUCGAGGUGUUUGCACAGGGCCAUGGGAUAAUUCAGGUGGACAAGGCAUUAGACUACCUCACUCAACACGCCUCUUUACCCACAAGCCACCUAGGUUUCUCAGUAACUGUGGGAUCACAAAAAGGCAUCUACCUCAGGGACCCAGCCCACAUUCUUGCACCCUCAGAUCACGGAGUAGGAAUUGAACCCAUCUUCCCAGAGAACUCUGAAAACUCUGAGCGGAUCUCCUUGCAGCUACACUUGGCGCUCACAUGUGCCGCCCCAUGGGUCCAGUGCCCCUCCCACCUAGAGCUGAUGAACCAGUGUCGUCAUGUGAAUGUCCGCGUCGAUCCCGUGGGACUGAGAGAGGGAGUGCACUACACAGAGGUGUGUGGGUAUGAUACAGCAGCACUUAGCUGUGGCCCCCUGUUCAGAGUCCCAAUCACGGUUAUAAUCCCCACCAAAGUGACAGAUAGUCGUAAUCACGAGGUGAGUUUCACAGACGUCCACUUCAGACCAGGCCAGAUCAGACGCCACUUCAUCACUGUUCCUCAGGGAGCCUCCUGGGCAGAGAUCACGCUGACCUCUCAUUCGGGGGAUGUGUCAUCAAAGUUUGUUCUCCAUGCGGUGCACCUGGUCAAGCAGAAAGCAUACAGAGCUAAUGAAUUCUACAAGUUCUCCUCACUGUUGGAAAGAGGCUCACUAACAGAGGCUUUCCCUGUUCUGUCAGGAAGGAUAGUAGAGCUGUGUAUUGCCCGCUGGUGGGCGAGCCUCGGUGACGUGACAGUGGACUACAGCAUCUCGUUCCACGGACUCAACACUUCCCCUUCACCCCUGCACAUACAUGCCUCAGAGGGAGUCACGCGUUUUGAUGUGUUGUCGCCUCUGAGAUACGAGGAGGUGUCCCCAACCAUCACCCUCAAGUCUUGGGUUCAGCCUCUCAGGCCGUUAAAUUCAAAGAUAAAAGCCCUGGGAUUGAGGGAUGUUCUGCCUAACAACAGACAAAUCUACGAGAUUGUGCUCACCUAUAGCUUUCACCAGCCUAAGAGUGGAGAGGUCACCCCCAGCUGUCCCAUGCUGUGUGAGCUGCUGUAUGAGUCUGAGUUUGACAGUCAGCUCUGGAUGCUGUUUGAUCAGAACAAGAGACUACUGGGCUCAGGGGAUGCCUACCCACACCAGUAUUCUCUGAAACUGGAAAAGGGGGACUACACCGUGCGUCUGCAGGUCCGCCACGAGCAGUCCAGUGAGCUGGAGCGGCUUAAGGACCUGCCGUUUGUGGUUUCUCACCGUCUGUCCACCACACUCAGUCUAGAUGUGUACGAGUCCCACCGUGCUGCCCUCAUGGCCAAGAAGAAGGCAAAUUCUGUCACCUUGUGCCCUGGUGCCACACAGCCCUUCUACGUCACAGCCCUGCCAGACGACAAGAUCCCAAAGGGGACGAGUCCAGGAUGCUAUCUUUCAGGCUCUCUGGUUGUCCCCAAGAGCGAGUAUGGCAAGAAAGCAGGGCAGGCCUCUGCAAAACGACAAGGGAAGUUUAAAAAGGAUAUUGUUCCAGUCGUCUACCACUUAAUUCCUGCUCCCAACAAAUCCAAAAAUGGAGGGAAGGAGAAGGACAAGGAAGGAGACAAAGAGAAAGACGUGAAGGAGGAGUUUGACGAAGCUAUGAGAGACCUCAAGAUUCAGUGGAUGACAAAGUUAGACACCAGCUCCAUCUAUGAUGAACUGAGGGAGAACUACGGCGAUUACCUCCCACUGCACGUGCAAAGACUGCACCAGCUGGACUCUGAAAAGGAGCGUGUAAAGCGUCUGGGGGAGGUGGAAACAGCCGCUGACGUGGUCAUCUCCCACAUUGACCAGACGGCCCUGGCUGUUUACCUCACGUUAAAGACAGACCCUCGGGCUGAUGCCGCAUCUAUCAAGACUGACAUGGAGAAGCAGAAGUCGUCUCUGCUGGACGCUCUGUGCAGGAAGGGUUGCAGUCUGGCCGACCAGCUCCUGCUGCCCCCGGCGCCGCAGGAUGGCGCCGGUGCUGUCUCCACGGGACCAGCAGCGGCAGACGAGGAGGUUGGGGAACAGGUGGCCAGCAGUUCUGACGACGCCGUGCACAACGUGGUUCAAGCGCUGACGGAUACGUUUUGGGAGGUGCAGAAGUGGGCAGAGCUAACUGACUCCAAGGUGUUGAUGUUUUCAUACAAACACGCUCUUGUGAACAAGAUGUACGGUCGAGCCUUAAAAUACGCCUCAAAGAUGGUGGAGGAGAAGCCCAGCAAAGACAACAUGAAGAACUGCAUACAGCUUAUGCGACACCUCGGAUGGAUACACAGCGCCACCUUCAGUGAGAACUGGCUACCGGUCAUGUACCCCGCAGAAUACACACUCUUCUAGGCACAGACACACAUGCAUGCAUGAGCAGCAUGGCCAUUCAUGGUCCAUUACAUGAUACCUUUCAUAUCAUGUCCCUCAGGGUCACACAUGGUCUAUGCAUCUGGGUUUUCAAAUUUAGAAGUAGGUGGACACCAAAAUGAAGGCGGCACUCAACACUUUAUAAGGCAAAAAGGAAUAAUUUUAAAGAUUGUUUGUCUUUAAAUGUCUCAUGGACCUACAGCUCUGCAGACCAUGUGGCCCGACGGUUAAUUUGAAUGCCACCAACAG